AAAUGAUUCUAUUGGUUCAGCGGUAACGCGUUCGGCCCAUCGGUUGACACCACUACCCAGAAAUUUGCUUGCUUUAAUGCACACUGAUAUCGUUGUCAAUGAUAAAAGUAGAACAAGAUAACCUGACAAACGGCGCUCUAGCACACCCGAGUUAUAUUAUUUUGAUCACAUCUUAACCGAAACCGUUUAUAAAAACCGCAUUCAAAAUGCCACCUUUCCUUGGAGAUAUCAGUACGGUAGACACCGCAUCUUACCCUUAUAUCUUUGAAAAGAAUGUCACCGUGGUCACUAAGAGCGGCACGGCCAUCCGCUGCAACGUUUAUCGCCCAAAAACAACAGACCAGGACGCCAAAUUUCCUGUCCUUGCCACAUGUGGUCCUUAUGGGAAGGACGUGCAUUACAGUCACUUCAAUGCCAACAGCUACGCAGAAGUAAACCCUGCUCACAAGACGGAACACUCAGCUUGGGAAGUACCAACUCCACGUCACUGGACUGAGCGUGGCUAUGUUGUCAUUCGGGCAGAUGAGGCUGGAACCGGCCAAUCUCCUGGAUUUCUCGACAUCUGGUCGGCCAGUACAACUCAAUCGUUCUGCGACCUCAUAGAGUGGGCGUCUGAACAGCCAUGGAGUAACGGGAGAGUCGGCCUAUUGGGAAUCAGCUAUUACGGCUCAACCCAGUGGCGAGUUGCUGCCCAGAGGCCUAAAGGUCUCGCUGCCAUUGUUCCAUGGGAAGGAUUCUCAGACUUGUACCGCGAUGCGUGCCGGCACGGUGGUAUCUUAUCCAAUGCUGGUUUCAACAAAAUCUGGGACCGACAAAUUGGACCAACCCAAUACGGUCUUCCCGGUAGAGCGACACGAAAUUGGGGUGACGACACCAUCGAAGGUGACAUGUCGGAAGAAGGACUGAGCCGCAAUCGGGUCACACUUGUGGAUGCGGCACGAGCUAAUCCAUUUCGGGACUGUUCACGAUUUGCUUCCGUUGACUACAAUCUCGAAGACAUUCGUGUGCCUGUCCUCAGCGUCGCAAACUGGGGAGGCAUCUCACUGCACUUGCGCGGCAAUGUGCAGGGGUUCAUGCAUGCCGGUUCUGAAUUCAAAUACCUUCGAUUCAUCGUCGGUAGACAUGACCUGCCUUUCUUUUAUCCAGAAGAGGUUGAGAUUCAGCAGAGUUUCCUUGAUGCCUUUCUCAAAGAUGACGAUCGGGCGGGAUGGACAAUGAAAGGAAAAAUCCCCCCUGUGGAUCUAAUACUACGCAAAGGCAACGUCGGAUAUAAUAAUCCAAAGGCAGAGAGCCAGUUUCUUCGAAGAAAAGAAAAGGAGUGGCCAAUUGCUCGCACACUUUACAAGAGCAUGUUUCUCGGCCCCGAUGGAACACUAAGUUGGGAGAGGCCAACUGACCAUCGCUCCCAGAAAAUCAGCUAUCAGGCACUUGGAAGCGGCAACCUUCAACACUCGGUUUCAUUCAGAUCAGCUCCAUUUGAAUCCGAAACGGAAAUAACUGGCCAUAUCGUCGCCCACUUGAACGUUUCUGUGAGCCCGGAUACUCCCGAGGCCUACCCAUCUGAGAUUGAUCUUUUCCUCUCCUUACGUCAUAUUGCAGCCUCUGGGGACGAGAUAUUCUACACUGGAACAACAGGAGAGCCAGCACCUGUCGCGAAAGGUUUCUUGAGGGUGAGUAUGAGGAAGACGAACCCCCAGCACCCUUGGCACAAACCUUGGCUCCCAUAUCGGGACUACUUUUCUACCGACGUCCUCCCAGUCGCACCUGGGGAGGUGUACGAGGUGGAUGUGGAAAUCUGGCCGACAAACGUGGUCGUGCAAAAGGGCGAAAGUCUGGCCCUAGAUAUUGGCUCUGGUGAUUUAGCUGGAAGCGGCCUCUUUCUGCAUAAUGAUCCGAUUGACAGGCCUGAGGAGACUUUAAGGGGAUUAAAUUCUAUACAUUUCAGGGAAGUAUAUAAUAAUUAUAUUAUACUUCCAGUUAUUCCUAGCAAUAGUUAGAAAUACCUUGAUAUAGUAGAUAAGUAAAUUAUAUAAAACUCUUAAC